CCAUAUUCUAUGAUGCGUUCGUUCACUAGUCAAAAUUUAUAAUUUAGCUUAAUUUUUAUUUCUCUGUUAAGUGAAUUGUGAUCCAACUGUUUGUUAUUAUCCGUUAUAUACGAAAUUUGGUUUUUCUUUUUUUUAUCGUUUUUAUCGAACGAUUCUUUUGCUUAGAGUAUGCAUUAGAGAAAAAUAUGGCCAACGAUAAUUUAGAAGAUUUAAAAAACUGUAAACGGCCUGCCUCAUCUAGCAAUCCUGAUCUUUCAGACAUCGAUGAUCUUAUUCAAGAAAAUACUGAAAAAAUUAGAGUUGGUCGUGAUUUUCAAGCAGUUAUUCCCAAAUUAUUAGUAUCUCAAGCUCAACGUCGUGAGCGAUUAAACAAAAAGGCAUUAUUAGUAUGGUCACCAACAGAAAAAAUAUCAGAUGUCAAAUUAAAUGAGUAUAUUUUACUAUCCAAAGAUAAGUAUGGAUAUAAUAGUGAACAAGCAUUAGGUAUGUUAUUUUGGCACCAUCAUGACAUGGAAAAAGCUCUUUGUGAUUUGGCAAAUUUUGCUCCUUUACCUGAUGAAUGGAGUACAGAAGACAAAGUUACAUUUGAGUCUGCAUUUAAUAGUAUUGGAAAAAAUUUUUUACGAAUCAAACAAAUGUUACCUGAUAAACCAAUAGCUUCUUUAGUUAAGUAUUAUUACUUAUGGAAAAAUAAAAGAAAGAAAAGUAGUGUAAUAGAUCGUCAAGCAAAAAAGUUAGCAAAUGUCCGAUCUAAUGAAAAUCAAAAUGGAAGUAGAGAAGGAUCGAGUUCAGCAGAUUCUGAACCUGAUGAUAAGAAAGAUUCUGGGGAAGGUAGUUCAAAACAGUCAUGCACAGUUUGUGGAGUAUUUGUAACAACAAUACAUCAAACUACAAAAGGUUCUAUGUGUGGCACAUGUUACACACAUUUCAGGAGAACAGGAGGAGGCAUAAGACCAACAUUAGGCCCACCACGACCAAAUAACCGUCAUUUAAAUGUUGCACGCAAUAAAAGGUUACCUCCACGAGGAAUGUAUGUUAAUCAUGAUGAUCUUCAAACCAUAGCAUCUGGACCUAAUGGAGAUGUUAUUUUAUCAGGAAUGGAUGAUGAGGUUGUAUCAUUAAAGUGCAAAAUCCAAUCAAAUAAACAAGAAAUUGGACAAAUUGGGAAAAAACUUAAAUUAGAUAUUAAUGAAUACAGAGUUAAUGAACCAACUUCUAGUCGUAUUUCACCACGAUGGACAAAUGAUGAAGUUAUGUUAGCUAUUCAAGGUAUGCGCAAAUAUGGAAAAGAUUUUCAAGCAAUUGCAGAAACAUUAGGAACAAAAACACAAAACCACUUAAAAUCAUUUUAUGCUCAUUAUCGUAAACGGUAUAAUUUAGAUUCAAUACUCCAAGAACAUGAUGAUGAACAUAACUCAAUCAUAGAACUUAGUGAUGAAGAAGAAGUGGUUAACAAUAAAGAUGAACCUUCAUCUUCAUCAUCCAGACCUAGUACGCCUUCUUCAAUGGCUUCUGGAUCUAGGCCUCUUAAUAACCUUACACUGUCUAACCCAAAAGCUCAUCAAACAGCAGCAGUUGCUAAGUGAUAUUUGUAGAGUUAUUUAAGUUUUCACUGCCUUGUUUUCAUUAAUUAUUAUUUUAUACUAUAAAAUCAAUCUGUGUAAACAUGUAUAUAAUUUAAAGGGCUUUUAUUUUAAACAAAUUUUUGACUUUUAUUCAAACAUUUUUAUAUAAAAAUACAAUUUUAAACAGUUAUAAAUAGUAAUAGUAUAAGUAAUUUUAGAUUUUAUUUUUUCAUCCAUGUUUUUAAAUUAAUGAAUUAAAAUUUUGUGUUAGUUACUUUUUAAUGUUAAACAAUAAGUAUUUUUAAUCUAUAACAAUAAAAAUAAGUUAUUAUAAUUGUGUAUGCAGACUGUAUUAAUUAAAAAAAUGUAACUUUAAAUGUAUUGUACUAAUUGAUGUUCCGAAAAAAAAUAGGAAAUAAAAUAUUACUAAAAAUUUUA